GGUUCCCCCUUCGUCACAGCUAGCGUUAGUCCCCCGGCCCCGCCAUGGAGGGCUUGCUGAGCAGAUGGAGGCUUCCGGCGCUCGGCGCCCGGCAGCGCGGCUGCAGGCUGCGGCACGGUGCACCGGGCAGGGCGAAGCGGCUGCUGCUCUCGCAGCUUUUCCAGCCUCUCAAUCUACAGGGCGAGGCGGCUGAGGAGGGCAAGGGCGGGGAGCCCACAUGCCGGAGCCACAGACUGAUGCUGCAAGCGGGGCUCAUCCACGCCUCCAGCCCUGGCUGCUACUCCUACAUGCCGCCCACCGUCCGUGCCAUGGAGAAGCUCAUCAAGGUGAUGGACGAGGAGAUGCAGGCCGUGGGUGGGCAGAAGCUGAACAUGCCCAGCCUGAGCUCGGCGGAGCUGUGGCGCGCCAGCGGACGCUGGGAUCGGAUGGGGCCGGAGCUUUUCCGGCUGGUGGACCGGCACGGCAAGGGCUACUGCCUGGGCCCCACGCAUGAGGAGGCUGUGACGGAGCUGGUGGCUGCUCAGGGCAACCUGUCCUACAGGCAGCUGCCGCUGCGGCUGUACCAAGUAAGCAGGAAGUUUCGGGACGAGCCCAGGCCGCGCUUGGGCUUGCUGCGCAGCCGGGAGUUCCACAUGAAGGACAUGUACACCUUCGAUGCCUCCCCGGAGGCGGCUCGGCACACCUACGACCUGCUCUGCGCUGCCUACUGCAGCCUCUUCAGCCGCCUGCGCCUGCCUUUCGUCAGAGUGCAGGCAGCCGCAGGCAGCAUCGGUGGCACCGUGUCCCACGAGUUCCAGCUGCCGGCAGAGGUUGGCGAAGACAGGCUGCUGCUGUGCCCCGAAGGACACUUUGCGGCCAACGUGGAGACCCUAAGUGAGGAGCAAACGUCCUGCCCUACGUGCGGGGAGAAACUCUCCCAGGCGAGAGGGAUCGAAGUGGGGCACACGUUUUAUCUGGGCACCAAGUACUCCUCUGUCUGCAAUGCUGUCUUCUGCUCCUCUGACAACAAACCCCAGCUGGCAGAAAUGGGUUGCUAUGGCCUGGGCGUCACUCGCAUCCUGGCGGCCUCCAUCGAGGUGCUCUCCACAGAGGACAGCAUCCGCUGGCCGAGCCUCAUUGCACCUUACCAGCUCUGCUUCAUUCCCCCCAAGAGAGGCAGCAAGGAGGAGGGGGAGGGAGGCGUGCUGCUGGAGCGAAUGUGUGAUGCUGUUGCUGAAGCGCUGCCCCACCUCGCUGGGGACGCGGUGCUGGAUGACAGGACGCAGCUGACCAUAGGCAAAAGGCUGAAGGAUGCCAACAAGCUGGGCUACCCCUACGUGAUCAUAGCUGGGAAGGGGGUUUGUGAGGACCCCCCCGUCUUUGAGGUCUGGAAUCAGAACGCAGGGGAGGUUCUGUUCCUGACCAAGGAAGGUGUCAUUGAGCUGUUGAGUAAAGCACAAGUCCCUUGAAA